AUGCCGCAGGCUGCGAGGUGGGCCGGGACGCCCUCCAUUAAGGGCCGGAAUGAGUCGACCCGGAUGGCGCUUUUGACGUUUAGUUUGGUCGGAUUGCAGUACGUAUUACCCGUUUCUGUUUUGUUGUUUAGGUUCACGUGGGGUACUGAGAUGACUUAUUGUACACCUUAUCUUCUUCAGCUCGGUUUGACGAAGUCUAAGACUUCGUUGGUGUGGAUUGCUGGCCCGUUGUCUGGGUUGAUUAUCCAGCCUCUUAUCGGAGUCAUUGCUGAUCGAUCGCGGUCAAAAUGGGGUCGACGUAGACCUUUUAUGAUCGUUGGAUCAUUUGUUGUCGCUUUCUGUCUGUUUAUCUUGGGGUGGACAGCUGAGAUUGUUGGGUUAUUUGUUAAAGAUCCGGAAAAGGCUAAGAAUGGCACAAUUGCGCUGGCUGUGUUGAGUAUUUAUGCGGUGGACUUCUCUAUCAACGUUGUUCAGGCUUGCUGUCGCGGUUUGAUUGUGGAUACGCUACCGAUCCCAUCGCAACAAGCUGGAUCCGCAUGGGCUGGAAGGAUGUCUGCCAUCGGCCAACUCUUUGCUUAUGUGGUUGGUGCUAUCGAUACUGUUGGUAUCUUUGGUACUUUUAUUGGAGAUACGCAGUUCAAACAGAUGACAGUGAUCGCUGCUUUCUCAUUGGUGUUGGCAGUGGCCGUCACCUCAUACUCGGUAAAAGAGCGAGUUCUUCUGUCUGCAAGGGAUGACGGGAGUGCUGGUGCUAUUCAAGUGCUCUCUCAGCUGUUCAAAACUACUUUCGAGCUGCCGCCUCGCAUCCAAGCAAUUUGCUGGGCCCAAUUCUGGGCGUGGAUUGGCUGGUUCCCCUUCCUCUUCUACAGCACAACCUGGGUUGGCGAAACCUACUUCCGUUACGAAGUACCAAAAGAUGAUAUGGCCAAAGCAACAGAUAUGCUCGGUGAAGUCGGCCGCGUGGGCAGUCUCUCAUUAACCGUCUUCUCAUCUAUCACAUUCCUGAGCUCUGUCCUCCUACCCUUCUGUAUCCUACCACCGGAUUCCAAACGGACACGAUUCACCGCACGACCUCCCCCAGUCUUCGCAGCGAUUCUCAAAUACCUUACCGCAAUUCGCCCCGACCUCCAAACCGCCUGGUUCAUCUCCCAGAUCAUGUUCGCCGCUACAAUGAUCUUCGCCCCGCUAGCACACUCCCGCGCCUUCGCAACCACCCUGGUAGCAAUAUGCGGUAUUCCCUGGGCAAUCAGCGGCUGGGCUCCAUUCGCCUUCAUGGGCGUGGAAAUCAACAAAUUAACAAUGGGUGGUUAUUCCCCCGCAAUCCCAUCCUCACGAUCCGGCGUGACAAUGAUCACCUCAGCCAGUCUGCGCAACGCCGCCCCCGAUAAUGAGCUAGAUGUCCUUCGACUGAACCACCGUGAUUCCUUCGACAGCGACACAGACGAGGAGGAACACUCAUCCAACAUCCCGUCAACAGGUGAACUCGCCGGUAUUUACCUGGGCGUGCUGAACGUGUACACGACCCUGCCACAAUUCGUCGGCACUUUCAUCAGCUGGAUUGUCUUCAGCAUCCUCGAACCGGGUGUUUCCGACAACGCUGCAGAAAACAAUUCAGAUACACAGUGGAUGAACCUUGAUAAGGAUAAGCCGAACGCCAUCUCUAUCUGUCUCUUCAUUGGGGCACUAAGCGCUCUCAUCGCGGCUGAGGCUACCCGUCGACUGCGGUAUAUACUAUGA